AUGACAAAUUUGGUCCGAUGGCUCUUCUCCACUACUCGCUUUACUACUUUCUAUUUUUUCUUAUGUAUUAAGUUUCCCUUAAUAUAUAAUUUUAUAUUACUUUCGAUUUGUAUAUUUUUAUUCCUUUGGCGUUUUAUAUUAAUAGUAAUAGCCGUUUUCAAUCUUUUUUGUUCGUGCUUUGUUGGCUCCUACUUUCUGAUCACUCUCCUGCCGGAGAUUCAAGACCCCGAGGCUCUAGCUCAUUUAGCAGGGCUAAACUUCUAUCCGAGUCUUUACGAGCAGGAUCCGGGAUGGGUUACAUUCAUUCAGAACGAGCUUAAUCACAAUACCCCCCUGGAAGACAUACCUGGGCGGCUUAAGCUCUUCCUAAUGGAAGAAAAGCUCUCUUCUAUGCGACAAGAUGUCAUUAAGGAAUUUGUGGCUCUUUAUCAAAGAGUAGGGCCUUAUCUACCGAUCGAGCCCUACUUGGUCGAUGAAGUGCUUCGUUCCUAUCUUUUCCAUAUUCACGCAACUGAUUCUUUCACUGUUCUCCAAGCGUCUUAUCAAGAUCUGUGGGAGAAUGAGGGAGGAUCAGUUUUCUUUGAAAAUGAUGUUUCCCACAACCGGGAUUUCCUUGAGGCGGAAAGCUCCGCAAGGAGGUGCUUGGAAGUGGAACAGAGGAUCCGGUGGGAAGAAAUCCCCAAGAGCAAGGCAAGUCUCGAAAAGGCGGAGCACGAGCAUGCUCUCGACUUGUUUAAGUCGGAGGAUCUUAGAAGGGAAUUAGAAAAAAAGAGCGGGUAG